AAGUUUGUGCACGUACACGCACCGGAACACAGCUACCGGUCAUACACAGCACCAACCGCCAUGGCCUCCCUCGCCGCUGUUUCCGUGCAGCCGGUCGCCGUGAAGGGCCUCGCCGGCAGCUCCAUCUCCGGCCGGAGGCUCGCGGUCGUCAGGCCGUCGCCCCGCGCCGCCUGCCGCUCCGCCCGCAGGCCCCGCGGCGCCGCCGUGGUGGCCAAGUACGGCGACAAGAGCGUCUACUUCGACCUCGACGACAUCGGCAACACCACCGGGCAGUGGGACCUCUACGGCUCCGACGCGCCCUCGCCCUACAACCCGCUCCAGAGCAAGUUCUUCGAGACGUUCGCGGGGCCGUUCACCAAGAGGGGCCUGCUGCUCAAGUUCCUGCUGCUGGGCGGCGGCUCGCUGCUGGCCUACGUCAGCGCGUCGGCGUCGCCGGACCUGCUGCCGAUCAAGAAGGGGCCGCAGCAGCCGCCGCAGCCGGGCCCGCGCGGCAAGAUCUAAAGCCCGUCAGUUGUGCCUCCUCUCCAUCUGUCCACUAGCUGCUUGCUCGUACCGCUAGCUCCGGUCGCCAUGGAUGAUCCUCCCUGCCUGUUGUGCUGCUGAAAUUCGAUCGCGGCUGCCUGUUUAUCGAUGUUGAUAUUGUUGUAUCUAUACUCUGGCAUACAAUUUAAACGGUGUGUUGCGUGCUUACCUGCA